AACAAAUGGGGUGCUAGUGUGCGUGAGCUCGGGCUUAGAUAACUCUAUUGAUCAAUGAACCAGCUGACGUUUCAUUAAAUUCUAAUCAGUUGUGUGUAGUAACAAACUGUUGUUCCUUCGUUCGAUUGUGUGCUAGCGUAAAUAUCAAUAACCCAUUCAAUCUGUUUCUCAUUCUUUGUUCGUCUUCACCAAAGUGCACAGCAGUUCAUUAAUUAACUUAUGCUCAACAUUACUACACUCUUGUUGCAUGACUGAAGGUCUUUAAAUUUUAAAGUAACUGCCUCCAAGUUUGAGCUAUCCCCGAAAAUGUCCCAGGAAAAGUUUGAUUUGACCAAGGUCCACGAGUGCUUCGAUCGGUGCUUGGCCGACCCGAUUGAUCCGGAUGAUGUUCUUGUCGACGCUUACCUUGAGGCCUUCAAGGAACUUUACAAGUUCUUUUCCCUGAUGGGAACCGUUUUUGGCUUCGUCAGCAGUGACGUCAAGGAAAAGGUCGAGAUUCUGGAAAAGCACCGCCAGCAGCCGAACGCCGAAAAGUUCGAAACGAUCAAACGGAUGAUGGAAUACGAACGGGACGCGGAGCUGCUCGCGAAAAAGGACUACGUUUCGGGCAGUCGGACACUUUUACGGCUUCACCGGGGCUUAGAUUUCAUCUACGUGUUCCUGAAGCGGCUCGGCGAGUUGGCCAACCCGGACGAUAAAACAAACUGCGUCUGCCAGACGUCGUACAACGAAACGUUGGCUCAUUUUCACCCCUGGUUGAUCCGGAAGGGUGCCACGGUGGCGAUGUACGCGCUACCAAACCGGGACCAACUGCUGGAGAAGGUUUGCGUGGACGCCGCCACCGCGAUCCAGAAGCUGCCCGAGAUGCUGGUCGUUGCGCGGCAGGUUUACGACCGGACGCAAGAUCUGUACACCAAGUACGAUCUGCACGGGCUGCCGUAAGCGGGGUGAACGGAUGCGUACGCUUAUUGUGCUUUUAUUUUUUCUGUUUUGUAAAUUUGUUUCCAGUAGUUGUGCAGCACUUGUGAUAGUUUAAAGUAUUCAUGCGAAGAAUGAUUUUAUAGUGAUUGUAAAUUUUUAUGUUAUACCUGAUUAUGUUUGGUUUAGUAAAAAUAUUCGGCACACCUGAUUAAGUAGAUGCUUGUUUUGAUCUUACAAUAUAUCCAAAAAGUUGCUCAAUGUAUCAGCGUCAGUGGGGCCAUGAUGUGCGGAAUGCAUCAUAUUGUUAGCAAUGAGCUUAGAAAUACGGCGGAACAUCAUAAAUAAUCAUUCAUGGGUGUCUGGCGAAAAACAACGUUUAAGACAAAAGAUUAAAUUUUGUAAAAGAAAAGGCUUAGCAGGGAGGUCACGCGGUUUAUGCAUGAUCCCUUAAUUUAAAGGAAAAAAUAAAAUAAAAAGCUAAGGUAGCAUACAUUCCGGCGCCUUAAUCAUUUUUGGUAGCGUGAAAGCUCAUCAAGUAAUGCUUUGCAGAGCAGAAAAAAGCUUGAACAACGGCUUGCUGGCUUGUUGAUCGUAUGCAUUUAGGCGUUUUAAUUUAAUUACAAAACGAAGAAAGUAAACGAGGUAAACAGAUACAUACCAGAAUUUUUUUUUGGAGCAAAUUUUCAAGUUAAAGGUGCGAAUAUUCAGAUUAUUCUGACAAAAAUAACAUUAAAGCGUUUUGAAAAUUGGACUGCUUUGAUUUGAAAGUAUUAAAAGAAAUAAUAUUCUAAAAAUAAUAAAGCAGGGUGGCCACCUCGGGAAAAAUCCGAGAAAACCGGGAAAACCCGGGAAUUUAUUCCACCGGGAGAAAACCGGCAAAAACUCGGGAAUCUGACUGACAAACCGGGAAAAUAUUUUGAGUUUAGUUAAAAUUCGACAAAUUCCUCUUAAAUUACUUCAACGUAUACUUUUCUCUAUUAGAAUAUUAUUCUAGUUAUUCUGUUCAAAUUUGUGUAAUAGAUGUAGUGAUGGAGCGUGGCAUAUAGAAAUGUGAGCACCCCUAGCAUAAUAUCUUGUAGCGAACAGUAGUAUUGGUGUGCUGGCAUGUGCGAGAACUCGUAUGGUAGUGUGAGUGACAGAAAGAAAAAUAAAUCAGUCUUCUGCUUUGCUUUGGCCA